AUGGCACUUCACAAGCUGUGGGAAAUUAUACAGCAUCUCUAUGCCCUUGGAGUUCCCGUAAAAACGAUUUUUGUUGGCUAUCUAGGGAGUACGGGAAUUAUGCUUUUCAACACAGCGUUUGUUAUUCCAAAACAUAAAUGUAAAAAAACGACAACUAGAAGAUUUUCUAUAUAUCCUGAUGUCACUGAUGCCUCAGUUCAAAGACUAGCGACAUUUACAAAUUUACCAGAUAUUGAAGGAAAACUGUCGGUACCACAGGGGUAUGAAUGGUUACAGAGUAUUGAAUUGUAUCCUGUCCAAAAUGAUAUAUACUCAACAUCAACAACUCAAUCAUUUCGCAAGACCAUCGCAUCAUGUGAAUGGGCAUGGCAUACAAUAUGGUUUACAGUACUGUCUAUUCGAUACACAUAUCUCAUAGGAACGCUUAAUCCGUUCUUGUUUUAUAUUGCCGUUGAUGGACAAAAACAAGUUGCGAUGCUGACAUAUUUACUGGGAUUACUACAGUUGAUGAUAUUUGCCAUAGCUCCAUUACCGGGACUCAUUAUGGAUUCCAAAUCAGAAUCUCAGCUGUUUCAAGCAAUUAUUGCAACUACAAUUCCAAUAGUAGCGUUUGUGUGUAUGUCUCUAUUUGUACUGGUGCAUAUCCCUGAAAUCCAGAUAAUCUCCUUCACAUUUUUCGUCAUUGGUAGGGUCUUUGUAUCGUGUGCCCAUGGUAGCAUGAUUGCUUUAUUAUUUCCACCAGAGUAUUAUGGUCGGUUAUUUGGUCUGGGUUACCUCAUUGCUGGAAUAGGUGCUUUGUUGAAUUAUCCGUUGUUCAAUUUAACUCAGGUGCUACCAGAAAGAAACCCAAUUUACGUAGACUGUAUAUUAUUAGGUGUGGUUUUGAUAUCGCAUGGAUAUCCUAUCCUGCUGUGGAGAAAAUUGAACAUCCAAUGUAAAGGAGAAUUCAGAAAAUUGGAUGAGACGUAA